UCUUCCCCACCAUCGUCUGUCUCGCGUACGUAACCCGUUGAAACCAGACCGUACCACACACAAAACCUCUGAAAACUUGGCGACAAAACCCUCCCCAUUUCUCGCUGGACCAAGGAGGCCACCAAAACCGAUCCCCAUUCCCCCCAGUUUUUUUACCGCCAGAUUCGCUGUUGCCUGGAUCGAUUUUUUCUGCAUCUUGGAGAAUAUACGAGGGGCGGGCGGUUCAGCGCGCAAUCACUUGGCUUCCCGUAUCAGUUCUUCCAUCGGAUUUCGCUAUUGCUGACUGAGCCGCGCAAGAAGUGUUGGCGAGCCAUGGGCGGAGGUGAAGACGGGGGAUCGUGCAACCUGCUCCAAGUUCUUUUUGAGGGUGCAGUAGCUGGAGGAGCUGCUGGUGCUGUUGUCGAAACAGCUUUAUACCCUAUUGAUACAAUAAAGACGAGGCUCCAGGCUGCACGAGGCGGAGGUAAAAUUCAAUGGAAAGGCUUGUAUGCUGGCUUAGGUGGAAAUAUCGUGGGUGUUCUUCCUGCUUCUGCAAUAUUUGUGGGAGUAUAUGAACCAGCUAAAAGAAAACUACUGGAAUUGCUUCCUGAAAAUUUGAGUGCUAUUGCUCAUUUGACUGCAGGGGCAAUUGGUGGGGCUGCUUCUUCUCUUAUUCGUGUUCCCACAGAGGUUGUUAAGCAAAGAAUUCAAAUGAGUGAAUUCAAGACUGCGCCUGAUGCUGUUCGCCUUAUUGUUGCUAAAGAAGGAAUUAAGGGUCUUUAUGCUGGCUACGGAUCCUUUCUACUGCGAGAUCUGCCAUUUGAUGCUAUUCAAUUUUGCAUAUAUGAACAGCUCCAAAUCGGCUAUCGUGUAGCGGCAAAGAGGGACUUGAAAGACGCAGAAAAUGCAAUCAUUGGUGCUUUUGCUGGUGCCAUUACUGGCGCUCUAACAACACCCCUCGAUGUCAUGAAGACAAGAUUGAUGAUUCAGGGACAUGCAAACCAAUAUAGAGGAUUCGUAGACUGUGCACAAACUAUUCUGCGAGAGGAAGGCGCUGGCGCCUUCUUGAAGGGUAUCGAGCCAAGGGUACUGUGGAUUGGCAUCGGCGGAUCAAUCUUCUUCGGCGUUCUGGAGAAAACAAAAUCGAUUCUAGCUCAGAGGAGCAGCCGUAGGAAUGCUAGGCUCAAACUUUAGAAGAGGAUGGAUGAUAGAUUACGGAAUCAUAAAAAUUUCCCUGGGGGACUUUGGUGCCCCGGUUCACAUUCCAUCAUGUUCCAUUGGAGCAAGGGUUCUUGGUUUUCCUUUGGGUUGAAAGUCU